UUGAUGGCUGGUGACAAUCACAUUGGUCAUUGCGGGUGUCGGUGACGAAAGAGAAAUUUAUUCAAAAUAACAAAGCUCUUCAUUCGUCUGUGACAUAUGAGAAGUGGGCUUUAGGCGCUUACAACACGCAAAUCAAGACCGGGACAAGGAAUGACUGAAAAUAUCUAAAAUUGUCGAUCGGCAAAGCAUCGAGUCGCCCUCGCUUAAGUUCGCUCAAGGGAAGUCAGCAGGAAUAACUAAAGUUGCAAUUUAAUCAUUAGUUUUUCAUACGCUUAGCAACAUUAACAUCUGCGAUUGGAUUGUAUUUUAUUUGUUUAUAUUAUCGAAAAAGCUUCGAAUAUCACAUCGGUAACCACCAGGACUUGAGAUCAAACGACCAAAUUCGUAGCCUUUUGCAUAAUCUAGCAGAAUUUGGCAGAAUUUCACGCUAUCAAAAUUGUUGGACUGGAUAGUUGGGUUUGAAUAGGCAUUAACUGUAAUACAAUAUAUUAUUGUUAUGACGCCACGUGUUCUGCUCCAAAUACUGGUUAUCUACGGAAUUCUACACGGUCAUUCGAUUACUACUUCAGCGGACAUAGGCAAUGUGUUCUAUGUUCUGGGGACUGAUGGUAUUUACGUGAUAGAUCCAGUGGCGAAAAGUGUUGUUGCCAAUAUAACAGACAAAACAGCACCGGGCUUGUGUACCAAGAGAAGCGGUUCAAGUGACAUUUGCUCGUUUGGUCUGGCUUGCGCUGUUCAUGAGACAGUUUUUGUCGCGGAUAGAAGUGGACGUGCUGUGCAUUUGAUCGACAUCAAAACAUACAAGAAGAUUAAAACCAUUCAGACAGAUUCUUCACCAUUCGAGAUGUUGUGUAUGCCGUGGCGCAAAGAAGUCUGGGUAUCACUUUCUUCUGGUGGGUUUGACGUCAUCGACACUGAACAUCGUACUAGCACCCGUGUUGCGCAUGCUCAGCUCCCAAACGAUGAUAGAGACAGGAUACUUGCCGACCAAAACAUGCUCAAAGGAAAGACGGGCUUCGUCACAACUCUUAAAGAUUCCGGCAUCCAUGAACUGAACUUGGAAACGAAGGACUACACACGCUUUCGUAACUUCUCAAGGUAUGGCUGCAGUGGAACAUACGGACAGAGCAUUGUGUAUAACUCUUAUAACAAACAAGUGUACGUGCGUUGUAAAAUCAACGAAAAUGCGACACUCGCACUAGACACACUCAGUGGCGCCACAAAAAAAUGGUUUAUUUCCGGCUAUCCGUUUGUUUCUCCUAACGGUCGAUAUGUUAUGAUAACUGAUGCCAUCAAUCGAAUAGAUAUUUUAACCGUGAAUAAAACAGGAUUUAAAGCCAGUCACACGAAACUUGCAAUCCCCGGUGCAGUUUCUAACCCAGUUUUUUACCGCAAAGGUAACUCCUCGGUUAGUUACUACGUAUUUUUUUCUCUUGAUCACGCGGACAAAAUGAUGGUCGUUGACUUGGACUUGGCGAAAAAUGCGGGCAACAUCUCCGCUGUGAAAUAUAUCGAAGGCGUCAACUCCUUCUUCGGAAGAUUUUACAACCUGUUUAUCAACGAUAAAUGGAUCAUUUACGUCGUAGACGCUGACAACACAGUGGUUAUUAUUAAUGCUGAGACCCAAAAGAUUCAUGGGAAGAUUAAAGGGGUAAACGGAGGACAUUGGGCAGUCUGGGUUUCUAGGCCCAGCGCCAGCGCGACUUCGGAGCCCACCAUGACCACUACUAAUGGAAAUUCUGGUGUAGGUCGCCCGAGCUGUUUCACUUUUCUUGUCUUUUUGCAUGUUUUUAUACAGUUGUGAAAUAACUUCGACAAACGUUUAUAGAAUUUAAAAUAUACACAAUAUCACUAAUAAAAGACAUCUUUGGGUACUUUACUUAAUAAAACAUGUAUUUCAAAGCAAUAUAAUUAUACAGACUGAGAGAAACGGACUAAUAACAUUUGAGACGCAUUACAGCCAGCUUAAUACCAUUAGUUCUAAAGCGGUAAAAGAUACCGGGGGGUUCAAAAAU